AUGCACGGAGAUCUGGGCCGAGCUCUGACAUUCGAAAUUUCUGCGGAAGACCCGAAGUCUUGACGCCAAUCAACAAAAUUUACUCCUUUACUCGUUUCGCGCCUCAUUUGUGUUGAGUACAAAUGCAAUCCGACUCCCUUGCGACAAUCUGACCUGAGCGACAAUAUUCCAAGCGACUUCAUUCUUCUUCUACUCCUAUUGACCAUAGCAACCUUCCACUGCGCCAUUUUCCAAGCGACCUCCCUGCCCAGCAUAUCUACCUGAGCGACAUACUUUCCACUGCGACCUCAUACCUUGCGACAAACUCUUCCUUGCGACUUGCCUUGCGACGACAAGCCUAGCGACAACAACCCAACACUACCACCUAUCAAGAACCCAUUACCCAAAACUCAAAACCCAAAACCCAGAACCCACGAUGUCAUCCCACCAAGCAAUUCAACCUUUCCGCUUUCUGGACCUGCCCGGCGAGAUCCGUAACAAUGUUUACGACCUGCUUCUAUGCUCCUGGAACGAUGAGCCCGAGCAUGACCCACAUUCUAUCAGCAAAAGUAAGCAGGCGAAGCCUAAGCUACCCGGCAUCACCUCUUCUACGCGUCAGCAAGCAAAUCCACAGCGAAGCUUCACGGCUACAUGGUGAAGCGCAACCAAUUUGUUCGCGUCACGUGCCGCGGUCUAGACGUGCGGAAUCUGUUCCUCGAGGAUGGUAUUCCUGUUGUCUCCGCGAACCCACACGAAGUCAGCCGGUUCCAAGGCUACGUUAUGCAUAUGACGCUAUCCAAACCCAUGUUUGCGCCCAGCCCAUUCGCCUUUACGGAGUACGAAAUGAUGAUGCUGCGCGCUGAUUUGCCGAAUCUGUGCGGCAAGCUCGAUGUCGAAAGCGUUAUGACAGACGCUAAUGCGACCACGAGCGAGCACACUUCCCUUCACGCGAGCAUCAAAUUCAAUUACGCAUAUUCCCGGUUUUUCACGCCAAAGAUCCAGGAGCACCUGUUGCAGCCCAUAGCAACCCUUCUUCGCGGUGUGCCCAAUUUGAAAAUCACCGGUCCUGUUGACGCCACUCUCGCCAAGACGGUUGCUGAAGAAGUUGCGAAACCCCGGUGGACCGACCCUGAGGCAACUCUCGGCGAAAUUCACACUGGCGUCGAUGUCGGCAAACGUCAAUGGCAGCAAAACAACUACUACACUGCGGCAGAAUCAUGGAACUACUCUAUGCGCACACUUGAGCGCAUGCGCCACAGCUCCUCAUGGCUUGGUCUGCAGAAGACUGGCGGUGAAGACUUUGUGAACAAGACUGCUGAUCUUUACUUUACGCUCAACUUGCUUUCCGCGGCAUUCCUGCAAGUCGACAUGGCUAGUGAUCUUGCGCAAUCCGCACUUAUUGGGCGCAAUGGAAAGAUAUCACUGCAACAUCUGCGCAAGUGUGAAACGGCGAGUGCGCGCUUCGCUCAGCACGCUGGCGCGACUUGGAUCCCAAGCAACCAACAGCAGGGCAAGAUGAUGUACCGCCAAGCGAAAUGCUUGCGAUUGCAAGCAGCGACUCUUGCACCCAACGACAUAGCGAUCAGAGAUGAAAAGGAUGCAAUUGCAUGUUGGAACGAGGAGAUUGAGGAGGCCAUGCGUAGUCUUGAGCAGCAGCAGACUGAAGUCGAGACCGUGCAAAACGGGUCAAUUUGGUCAAGCAUGUGGGCCGCAAUUUCUGAAUUGGCUGCUUGA